UCUUUCUGUCUGUCACACUGGUUUGUUUAUUCCCAUUUUCUUAAGGAGCAUAUAGCACACACACACCCACACAAAGACGCAUACACGCACACACAUUCUUGCGCCAGCACGCGCAGGGGCGCGCGCGCACACACAUACACACACACACGCACACUACCCUUCGUUGUGGAGGGUCAGAAAAUUGGUAGGGGGCCCUGGGAGCUGCGGGUUUCCUAAUCAUGUCUGCAUCAAAGAACACUGGGGUCUCAUCUGGCUCCUCCUAUGAGCGGUCCCCCAGCCUGGCCUCCUCAAGAUCCAUGCCAGCCUCACACAGCUUCUCCCUCUCCCCUCCCAGAAGCUCAGACUUAAGAGGAAGCUCCUCACCAGGAAUCUGGAGCUGCUCUUCACCAUUCUCUAGUGUUUCACCACACUCACCUCCGUCGUCGCCACAAUCCCAGAGGCUCCCAUCUCCCUUUCCUAACCCUGAUGGACACUCCAUGAAGCCAUUAUGCUCUCCUGUGUCCUCCUCUGGCGAUUCUUUAGAGUCACCAUGUUCAUCAGAAAUAUACCACAUAUUCUUACUGCCAUCACCCAGAAGCUCACCCCUAGCCCUUAGGGACUUUCCUGUGUCUCCCAGCUACUCUCCUAACCACCCCAGAUUUCAGCUGGAGUCAGCCCCCCAGACUCAGGAGUUACCUACAAACUCACAAACCUCACUGCACUCCUCCCCUAUGUCUUUCAUCUCUUCACCCCCUGCCCUCAGCGACUCUUCUGUGUCUCUCAGUCACUCUCGAACUACCCCCAGGUUUCUGCCGGAGUCAGCCCCACACACCCAGGAGUCCCCCAGAAACUCACAGGUCUCAGGAGAUUAUGAGUGGCCCCCCAGCCCUGACUCCUCCAGAUCCAUGCCUGCCUCGCCCAGCUUCUCCCUCUCCCCUGCCAGAAACUCAGACCCAAGGGGCAGCUCCUCACCGGGGACGUGGAGGUACUCUUCACCAUCCCUUGGAACUUCAGCACGCUCACAUCCAUCAUCAGCAGAAUAUCACAAUUUUGCGUUUCUCUUUCCUAACCAAGCAGGACAAUCGCUUAUGCCAUUGUGCUCUCCCGUGUCCUCCUCUGGAGAUUCUCCACAGUCACCCUGUUCAACAGUAUACCAUAUGUUCUUCCUGCCAUCACCCAGCAGCUCACCCCCAGCCCUCAGGGACUCUCCUGUCUGUUCCAGCUACUCUCCAACCACACCGAGAUCUCAGCGAGAGUCAGCCUCCCACACCCCAGAAUCACCUACAAACUUGCAGACCUCAGCGAAAUCCUCCCCAGUCUCUAUCUUGUCUUCACCCCCAGUGCUCAGGCACUCUUGUGUCUCAGUUAGUUACCCUCCAGCCAUCUCUAGAUUUCAGCUGGAGUCAGUUCCAGGCACCCAGGGCUCACCACCAAACUCACCAGUUUCGCUGAGUUACUCCACAGUCUCUCUCACUUCUCUAUCCCCAGACCACAGGGACUCUUCUGUCUCUCGCAGCUGUCCUCCAACCGUCUCUAAAUUUCAGCUGGAGUCAGUUCCAGGCACCCAGGGCUCACCGCCAAACUCACCAGUUUCCCUGAAUUACUCCCUAGUCUCUCUCACUUCUCUCUCCCCAGACCACAGGGACGCUUCUGUCUCUCCUAACUGCACUCCAACCCUCUUUAGAUUUCAGCUGGAGACAGUUCCAGGCACUCAGGACUCACCACCACGCUCACCAGUUUCACUGCAUUACUCCCCAGUCACUCUGAUGUCUUCACCCCCAGCCCUCAGGGACUCCUCUGUCAGCUACUCUCCAACCAUCUCUAGAUGCCAGCUCGAGUCAGUUCCAGCCACCCAGCACUCACCACCAAGCUCACCAAUUUCACUGAGUUACUCCCCAGUCUCUCUGAUGUCUUCACCCCCAGCCUUCAGGGACUCUUGUGACUCUCUCAGCUGCUCUCCGGCCAUUUCUAGAUUUCAGUGGGAGUCAGUUCCAGGCACCCAGGACACACCACCAGACUCACCAGUUUCUCUCAGUUCCUCCCCAGGCUCUUUAAUGUCUUCACUGCAGCCUUCAGAGACCCUCCUGUCUGUCUCAGCUACUCUCCAACCAUCUCCAGAUUUCAACUGGAAUCAGCUCUCCACACCCAGGAGUCACCUCCAAGCUCUCAGACCUUACUGCAGUCCUCCCCCAUUUUUUUCAACUCUUCAUCCCCAGCCUUCAGGGCCUCCCCUGUGUCUCCCAGCCUGUGGCUCCUCUCCAGCCAUCCCCAGAUUUCUGCAGCAGUCAGCCCCAGGCACCCAGGAAAGCCCUAGACACUCAGAGGCUUCACCAGAUUAUUUCCCUGUGACUUGUAUUUCUACAGCGAUGGCUCCCACGUGUCCCUCAGUGACCCCGAACCCAUCUCCUUUUACACUCAGACAGUCCCAGGGCCUGACAGCUACUCCUCAUUAUUGCCCUUCUGUUCGAAGCCCUGGCCAGUCUACUAGCCAACAUGCCACAGUGACCGGGCCAUUUCUCCACAUUUCUGGUGAGGGUCCCGCACCCAGCCGCAGCAGAGCCCCUCCCGCAUCCCGUUAUCACACACAGGCCUGUCCCUCUACUUGCUACUGUCACACUCUUGCCAGCCGAAUAGACCCCUCUAAUGGCCGACAUCACCACCCAGCCUAUCAUCACCCCUCAGCUGUGCAGCGGGACCCUCCUGCCUGCCAACAUGGCUGCUGGUGCCCGUGCCAGUGAGAACCUCCAGCAUGUCGGCGUCCCCUCGGGCGACACCACUGGUGAAAUGGCUAGCGUGGCCCUCCGGCCUGGCAGUGACACUGUUGAUGUGAGCCCCCGUUUCAGAUCCGUGAUUUGUAAACCGGACCAUUUCCCCUUAGCUCCCUUUCUUCCAUUCACGGGGGUUUUCAUUCUCUCUGUUCCUGCCUCCAUUUCAGACAUUUACUCACCCUUUUUCUCUUUUUCACUGUGUUGGUGGUGGUCU